GAAUCGAUUCGCUGUCUAAGAUUCACAGCCCUAAUACGCAGCCUUUCUCCAGUGCAGCAUACGCCAUAUUGUCUACCAGGAGACGCCGAGCAUCUGGAGGGCCAUGAGGAAUGACUUCUAGGAUUGCUGUGUCUCCUGAAUAAGCUCCUGGAUGUCCUCUUUCAUUCAAAUUACAAUCAGCUUAUGCUCCACCAUAAAGUCAUCACACCUGCCUUCAUCAGCUCCGCCUGUCAUUUGCUGCUUGGAGGAACCCUCCAAGGUGUUUCAGGGAAUACCGUGUGUAGAAUAUGUCUGGCCCUGUCCCAAGUCGCUCUCGAGUUUACCCUGAUGUAAACACACAGCGACCCAGAGAGUACUGGGACUAUGAAUCCCAUGUGGUGGACUGGGGAAAUCAGGAUGACUAUCAGUUAGUGCGAAAGCUUGGCCGUGGAAAAUACAGUGAAGUGUUUGAAGCCAUAAACAUCACUAACAAUGAGAAAGUAGUCGUCAAAAUACUCAAGCCAGUGAAAAAGAAGAAAAUUAAACGAGAAAUAAAAAUUCUGGAGAACUUGAGAGGAGGCCCCAACAUCAUAACGCUUGUAGACAUCAUAAAGGAUCCAGUGUCCCGAACACCAGCGCUGGUUUUUGAGCAUGUUAACAACACAGACUUCAAGCAACUGUAUCAAACUUUAUCAGACUAUGACAUCCGCUUCUACAUGUUUGAAAUUCUUAAGUUAGUUCGAAUUGCAAAGGUUCUGGGUACCGAGGACCUGUAUGAUUACAUUGACAAAUAUAACAUUGAGCUGGACCCACGCUUUAAUGACAUUUUGGGCAGACACUCCCGGAAGAGAUGGGAGCGGUUUGUACACAGUGAGAAUCAGCACCUGGUCAGUACCGAGGCUCUGGAUUUUCUGGACAAGCUGCUACGUUAUGACCACCAGGCCCGACUAACGGCCCGCGAGGCAAUGGACCACCCUUACUUCUAUCCUAUAGUUAAAGACCAGGGCAGAGGAGCGCCAGCUGCAGGAAUGGCUGCUAGUUCCACACCAGUCAGCUCUUCUAGCUUGAUGGCAGGCAUCGCCUCUAUGACUCCGAGCACGCAGCCCAAUAUCGCCAACAUCAGCGCCGGCUCGCCCAUCAUCCCUGGCCCAAACACAAUGGCCACACAAGUGCCCACUGCCGCUGGAGCCCAGCCCUGAACACCGCCUGCCCCCCACCCACCCCCUUCUUUCUCACAUCCAUCUAUCCGUCUCUCUCUUCUGUGGGCCUGCUUGGAAUUGUGAAUCAGUGGUGAAGGGGCGGGGGGCAUUGAUUUAAUUUGUGGUUAUUUAUAUGUUACAAAUAACACAAACUUUUGUUUUUGUUCUCAGUUGUUGUUUUAGGGGUCUGUGAACUCAAAAAGAAACCCAUAAUGUUUUUACACCUGUCUGUAUGAGUUAGAAAAGCAAACGGUUGUGAACUUUCACUCGCCGUGACUUUAGAAACACUUAAAUGUCCACCUGAAGAAGGAUAAUAAAAUUAAUUUUAUAUGUCCCUCUAGUGUUCUCGUGCUCAAACCAUUACACUCACUGACUUAUAUAGUUUUUUGGGAGCCAGGGAUUUUUUUUAAAUGUUGUACCUGGUAUUUUAGUCCCUGUUUUUACAACAAGUCUUGAUCACAAAGUUCACAAAACCUGGUGUGAUAUAUUGAACUUCUCCGAGUAUAAAUGCAGAUAAGGAGUGAUUUGUUCCUUGGUUUUGAAGAAUAUGAUGAGGACUAGACAAAGCAGAUUUGAUGUUUGAGUCAUGAUUCUUCUCGUUACGGCGUGUUUCAACUCUGCAUUUGGACUGAAGGCCAGAUUCAAUCAAAACUACUGUAACAUUUCUGAUUUGUUCGAUUAUUGUGUAACAAAACAUUAUUUUACCAAUAAUGGAAGCUCUUUUGUUUCAGCUGUGCUGGUUCUUUGUAUAUUGCAGGUUGAUUGGAUUUGGUCCUGGAUCUUGUUGAAGUCGCACUAGUUGCUGUUCAAGGACUUGUACCAAUUACUGAGUAACACAAUCAAUAAUAUGCCAAUUUUUGUGUUAUCUUCAGUUGUGUGAGUGUGUACGCGAGAGUGGAGUUCUCAGUUUCAGACAUUUGUUUGACACUGAAGAAUUUUUGAAAUUUUCUUUCGAGAGGCGACUGUUCAGUAAAAUACACAUUUCUUUCUACCCCACGAUUAAAUCAAUUAAACAGGUGAAAUAUCAAUUUAGCAUUGCAUGUUGUGUUUGCCCUUGGUUGGCUGAUUGAAGAACAAACAAGAAUAUUAUGUGGAAGCAUUUUGUCUAGACUAACUGAAUCUUUAAUACCUUAAUUGUUUAAGUGUUUCUUAAAUUGUUCUUUCUUUUGGUCUUGUCUAUUAGUGAAAGAUGUUGAAGACUAGCUCUGUAGUGGAGGCUGAACUCAUGUUUGUCCUCUGCCUGUGUUCAGUGUGACGAGUUCAAAUCUAAAUAUAUUACUGUAUUGUAAAUUCAUUCAAAGUUUGCAAUAGAUACUUUUGCAGAGAUUUUUGUUUUGUUUUAUAAAUCAUUUAAAAGAGAAAAUAUAUUGUUUAAGGAAAAAAAGACCAUGUCACUUGCUUUAUUCAGCUGUAUGUUUAAUGCAGCCUCUCUAUUACAGUGACAUGGUAUGUUUGAAGUCAGGUGGGAAAAACAGUCUACCUCACUCACAUUUAUACGAUUUCAAUAAAAAAAAAAAAGGAAACCAAUUGUUGGCUGUCGUUGAAAACUAGCUUUAAUUUUUCGUUUAAGGCUUCGCAGUUCUCUUCCACUGAGGCGAGUUUUACUAACUCUUCAAAGAUUGAAACCAAGUUUCGUACAAAACGAUAGUUACUGCUUGUAUUGGUAUUAUCCAGUACUGGCAC